GAAUAUAUUUUGCUCUUUAUACCUAACAAGAGAGCUAUGCUCAAAUAUAUGGACACAAAGUCCAGAACGAAAUGCUUUGCCAACAUUUCACCGAAAAUCAUACGGUUUUUGUGUCCUACGUUUUCCCAUGGGUAUUACAAAGGUGUGCUGUCCCAUCCCAUGGGUCGUUUCCCAUGGACAAGCCUGCCAAUAAGCCUCUUACGGGGGAGGGCAGUCAAAUGACGAUGAGGGCAAUAUAAUCAUCUCUACGACUAAGUGUUUUAAGAAACUGAACAUUAGUACAUUUAGUAACAUUUACAGAUUUUCAUAUUUAAUCUAUAAUCUUUGAACUAAAGUAUUCUAUCGAAGAUAUUAUUUCAAACUUCAGACCAGACCUUAGAAAUAUUAUUUCCCCUUUAGUUCGUUUAAUGAUACGAAGAGAAAAAAUAUACCGUAUAAUUUUAAUAGUACAAAAUUGCUACCAUAUUGUGGAUGAUCAAGCAUGGACUUGUCAACAUCAAUGAAAUCUUAGACGAGUAUCAACUUCGUAAUAAUGAUAUCAAAUAUCCUAACGAUGAACGCAAAUCAGGUUUAUUUCCGGUUCAAUGUAUGAUGUGAUGUAGAAUUCAGAACGGGAAAUAGGAUUUCAAAGUUCACCUCAAACCAUUGCGAAUAAAGCGACCGGAUUCAUUAAAUUGAGAUUAUAGCUGUAUAGAUGAUAUGGUGUGUUGCUAUACGGAAGGAAAUAGAAAUAAAAAUUCUGGAAGUAGGUUCAGCGAACAUGUAUAAAGAACGAGAGAGAGACUAUUGAAGAUUAAACGGCUUGCUCCUAGGUAUUGGUAAUAUCCUAAGUUGCGGUUUUAUGAAAAACCGCAACAGACACCCUAUAACUAAAAAUAAAAUGAAUUUCAGGUAGAAAUACAUGUAAGUAAUUUUGAAUAUGUUCUGUGUUCUUUGUUUUAUAAGCAUAAUUGGGAUAUCCAAAUGCCUGAGUUUGAAAUGUUACAUCAAAUAAUUUAUUUACUAUUUAUUUCCACUCAUUGGUCUUCUGUGGAUGGGGAAUGCCAACUACCACAAACGCAAGAGAUAGAUUGGAGCAAGAUGAGAGGUGUUUGGUAUGAGAUAUUGAAUUCUGGAACUCCGUUUGAUAACCUGUUGUCAUGUUUCGAAGUUGUUGACAUUCAGAAUAUCACUGGAGGAAUGAGGCAAACAUUUUACGACGAAAACAAAGACAUAAGUGUUUCCGUUGAUGUCAAGAGAUUGGAAUCGGGCCACUACAAAUACGAGACUGAUCAUGUUCCAUCGUGGAUCGCAUUUUUAAUGAAUGAAGUAUCUCCAGAAAAGCCUGUCGACCCUAAAUUGCUUCAAGAACUUACAGACAUGUUCGAAGAUGAAACGGUUUACCGAACUGAUUAUGAAACCUAUGGAAUAAAUACCAGAUGUACUAAAGAUGGUAAAAAAUUCUACUGGAUAAUCAGUCGCGACCCUCAUCCAACUUCUAACAAUAUCGUAUAUAUUUUCAACAAACUAAUGGAACUUGGAUAUGAAUGGAACGAUGUGCCACUGCACUUGUCAGGAUGCACGGAAUCAGAUGAAACUGUAUAAAAAAUGACACAAAUGUCUGAUUUUGAUAUAUUUUGAGGCGGAAAAUUCAUGAGACGCUCCUUUUGUAGUUUGAGUGUGAAGAGUUUAAGGUUAUUUGAAUCAAAAAUUGAGUUUCAUUCGAAAGAUUCCAAAAACUUUGUUGGCGUUGAACAUUUAUCAGCGUUUGGAACAUUGACGUCCACUACUAUCUUGAUUUACCAUAUGUAUAUCAUAUAACUUUACAAUAUAUUUCAUCCGGUUCAUAUACCGUAUUAAACGGACCAUAAUGCCCAAUUUAAAUCCUUUCGAUCAAAAAAAAAAAAAUCGAUUUUGCGCCUUAUAAGCCAGUGCGCUUAAUGUAUGGGUCAAGUAGUGCUUCAUGCGUUAUUGCCUCAGUGGUGAGCUGUAGCCGGAACGCACCGGAGCGGCGUCCGGUUGUUGAACAUUUUAUUGCAUUUGCGUAGCUGUAGUUGAUAUAAAAUUAUGGUACAAAAAGUCUAGUAAACCUACUUAAUAAUUUAUGUUUUGUUACAUCAUAAUUCGUAAUUUUUUUUACAUCACAUCACGCAAAUAAUUAUUACGUCAGUAACAUGUAAUAGAUGUUCCCCGACCUUCGACCCCAUGGGAAUUCAUCCUAUACCCUUCAAUAAUAACAUUUGUAUUGAAUUGCUAUGAAUAUAUUUGUAAUUUUACAGACUUAUUUCAGAUAAUUUAUUCAUAAUUCAUUGCAGUUCUUCGACUCUAUCUUAGAAAAGACAAAACAUUCUGUAAACGUCCGCCUCGUGUUGUAAAUAUAUUACAUUUUUGCGAAUUACGUGCGUUCCGGAUGUUGCGAUUUUUUCAGCUCAUCACUGCCUACACUCAACCCCAGUACCGGUAAUACAGUUUCAUAAACAAACCGCCGUUUUACAUCUUCUUUGAAUAAAAUACAAUAACGAUAAAAAUAUUAAUUUUUUUUUAUUUGAUAAGCUUUGUUUGGUAAAACAUGAUACCAAUUAAAAACCGUUACGUGUUAAAGCCUGGGGCACCUUUUGUAUGGAUGAAACCCCAAUCCAACUAAUUGACGGUGCGCCCUUAUGUUUCGUAAAAUACGGCAAUUAUAUUAUAUGAAUUAAGAAUAUUUAUUUCAACCAUAAUAAAAUGAGAACAGUGCACUGUUGAAAUAAUUCUUGGCUACUCACAGGUAAUAAAAGAACAGAUAAGCAGUAAAACAAUAGGAGUGCAGCUCAAUUUUACCUGGCAAAAACUGCCAUAGUCAUGUUUCCUAUUAACCAGGUCUACUGUAUAGAUGAUUAUAAUUCGAAAAUUUUCAUGUGUAAGAAUGUAUCAAUUCAAAUAUCUUUUAACUUCUUUUGACUUGAAUGAAUUAGUUGCAAUA